CCUUUGUUUUCAUGAAAUUCCCAACCUGUUCCAUUAUCGGACUAAACCAAAAGUCGGCCCCCAUUUAUACGUUCACUUUUUGCUAACUUGCAGACGAGCCCUCUCUCUCUCCCUCCCUCCCUCUCUCUCUCUCUCUAAUCUUUUUUUUAUCCGAGCAAGCUCUUUCGGGAUUCGUCGAUCGGACGGGCAUCAAUCCGACCAACCAUGACUCUGAUGACUCCUCCACCGUUGGAUCAACAGCAGCAGCAGCAGGACGAUGAUGAGAUGCUGGUCCCGCACACGGAAUUCCCCGAAGGUCCUCAGCCCAUGGAAGUAGCACAAGCAGAAACGUCCAAUACAGUGGAUGCUCAGGCAGUGGAUGAUCCGCCUUCAGCAAGGUUCACGUGGACAAUUGAGAACUUCUCAAGGCUUAAUACCAAGAAGCUGUACUCUGACGUUUUUUUUGUUGGAGGCUACAAAUGGCGGAUUCUAGUCUUCCCAAAGGGGAACAAUGUCGAUCAUUUGUCUAUGUAUCUAGAUGUUGCAGAUUCAGCAAAUUUGCCAUAUGGGUGGAGUAGAUAUGCCCAGUUCAGCUUGACUGUUAUCAAUCAACUACAUAAUAAGUACUCUAUUAGAAAAGAAACACAGCACCAGUUCAAUGCACGUGAGAGUGAUUGGGGUUUCACUUCGUUCAUGCCUCUUGGUGAAUUGUAUGACCCUGGUAGAGGUUAUCUCGUAAGCGAUACAUGCAUAGUUGAAGCCGAUGUUGCUGUACGUAGGGUUGUUGAUUACUGGUCACAUGACUCAAAAAAGGAAACUGGUUUUGUUGGACUUAAAAACCAAGGAGCUACAUGCUACAUGAAUUCUCUUCUUCAGACACUCUACCAUAUUCCUUACUUCAGAAAGGCUGUGUAUCAUAUGCCAACUACUGAGAAUGAUAUGCCGUCUGGAAGCAUCCCACUGGCUCUGCAAAGUUUAUUUUACAAGCUCCAGUACAGUGACACCAGCGUAGCAACAAAAGAGUUGACAAAGUCUUUUGGUUGGGACACGUAUGAUUCAUUCAUGCAGCACGAUGUGCAAGAACUUAACAGGGUUCUUUGUGAGAAGCUUGAAGACAAAAUGAAGGGAACUGUUGUGGAGGGUACAAUACAGCAGUUAUUUGAAGGGCACCAUAUGAAUUAUAUUGAGUGCAUCAAUGUGGACUAUAAGUCAACUAGAAAAGAAUCAUUCUAUGAUCUUCAGCUUGAUGUAAAAGGCUGUCGGGAUGUAUAUGCUUCUUUUGACAAGUAUGUGGAAGUGGAACGUCUUGAGGGUGAUAAUAAGUAUCAUGCUGAACAAUAUGGUUUACAGGAUGCUAGGAAAGGUGUUCUGUUCAUUGAUUUUCCGCCUGUCCUUCAACUUCAGCUAAAACGGUUUGAGUAUGAUUUUAUGCGCGAUACCAUGGUAAAAAUAAAUGACCGGUAUGAAUUUCCCUUGCAACUUGAUCUGGAUAGAGAGAAUGGAAAAUACCUAUCGCCUGAUGCAGACAGCAGUGUGCGCAACCUUUACACUCUUCACAGUGUUUUGGUUCACAGUGGCGGGGUGCAUGGUGGACACUACUAUGCUUUUAUCAGGCCCACCCUAUCUGAUCAGUGGCUUAAGUUUGAUGAUGAAAGAGUGACAAAAGAAGAUGUAAAGAGGGCGUUAGAGGAGCAGUAUGGGGGUGAGGAAGAGUUGCCACCGGCAAAUCCUGGAUUCAACAACUCUCCAUUUAAAUUCACUAAAUAUUCAAAUGCAUAUAUGCUUGUUUAUAUACGUGAAAGUGACAAAGACAAGAUAAUUUGCAAUGUGGAUGAGAAGGACAUUGCAGAACACCUCAGGAUAAGGUUGAAAAAAGAACAAGAAGAAAAGGAGCAAAAGAGAAAGGAAAAAGCAGAGGCACAUCUUUAUACUAUCAUAAAGGUUGCACGGAAUGAGGACCUACUUGAACAGAUUGGAAGGGAUGUAUAUUUUGACCUUGUGGAUCAUGAAAAAGUUCAAAGUUUUCGUAUUCAAAAGCAGUUGCCCUUUAACCUCUUCAAGGAAGAAGUUGCCAAGGAGUUUGGUAUACCAGUGCAAUGUCAACGUUUCUGGUUUUGGGCAAAGCGCCAAAACCAUACCUACCGGCCAAAUCGACCACUGACACCUCAGGAGGAAGCACAAUCUGUUGGACAGUUGAGAGAAGUUUCUAAUAAGGCAAAUAAUGCAGAGCUAAAGCUGUUUCUAGAAGUAGAACUUGGGCAGGAUUUGAAGCCUGUUCUUCCUUCUGAAAAGACUAAAGAAGAUAUUCUGCUAUUCUUCAAACUUUAUGACCCUUGGAAAGAGGAGCUCCGAUAUGUCGGGAGGCUGUUUGUGAAGGGUAGUGGAAAGCCGGCAGAAAUAUUGACAAAACUAAAUGAAAUGGCUGGCUUUAGUUCUGAUGAAGAAAUUGUAUUAUAUGAGGAAAUAAAGUUUGAACCCAAUAUUAUGUGUGAACGCAUUGACAAGAAGGCCAGUUUUCGUGCAAGUCAGCUUGAAGACGGAGACAUCAUUUGCUUUCAGAAAUUUUCUCAAGUUGGAAGCAGCGAUCAAACUCGUUAUCCAAAUGUUCCUUUGUUUUUGGAAUAUGUGCAUAAUCGUCAGGUUGUUCGCUUUCGAUCUCUGGAGAAACCCAAGGAGGAUGAAUUCUGUCUUGAGUUGUCAAAACUUAAUAACUAUGAUGAUGUCGUGGAAAGAGUAGCUCAGCAUCUUGGCUUGGAUGAUCCAUCCAAAAUCAGACUCACAUCUCAUAACUGUUAUUCCCAGCAACCUAAACCGCAACCUAUUAAGUACCGAGGAGUGGAACAUCUAUCUGACAUGCUGGUCCAUUACAAUCAGACUUCUGAUAUUCUCUAUUAUGAAGUAUUGGAUAUCCCUCUGCCAGAAUUGCAAGGCCUAAAAACUUUGAAAGUUGCUUUUCAUCAUGCUACCAAGGAUGAAGUAGUAAUUCAUACUAUUAGAUUACCAAAACAGAGUACCGUGGGAGAUGUUAUUAAUGAUCUAAAGACGAAGGUGGAGUUGUCUCAUCCCAAUGCAGAAAUUAGAUUGCUUGAAGUUUUCUAUCACAAGAUCUAUAAGAUUUUCCCACUCAGUGAAAAGAUUGAAAAUAUUAAUGAUCAAUAUUGGACAUUACGUGCAGAGGAGAUUCCUGAAGAGGAGAAAGACCUUGGUCCUCAUGACCGCUUAAUUCAUGUUUAUCAUUUUAUGAAGGAUACAGCACAGAACCAGCAGGUUCAAAAUUUCGGGGAACCCUUUUUCUUAGUUAUCCAUGAAGGUGAGACAUUAGCUGAAGUUAAAGUGCGGGUUCAGAAAAAGUUGCAAGUUCCUGAUGAGGAGUUUUCCAAGUGGAAGUUUGCAUUUUUGUCAUUGGGUCGUCCAGAGUAUCUCCAGGACUCUGAUAUUGUGUCUAGUCGGUUUCAGAGAAGGGAUGUUUAUGGUGCUUGGGAGCAGUAUCUUGGGCUCGAACACACAGACAAUGCUCCUAAGAGGUCAUAUGCAGCCAAUCAGAAUCGUCACACAUUUGAGAAGCCGGUGAAAAUAUACAAUUAGAAAAAAUGGACGUUUCUCCAUUUCGUCUGAUGGCCCCAAAAUAUAUGACACCCAACCUACAGAUGGAGUUGCAGCUCUGUGAAAAGAGUGGAUGAAGCACAAUGGAAGCUUGCCGUCAGUUUCUGGAAGAGUAAUAAUUGAUCGUACACGUGUAACUGUUUUUGUUGGGGAUGAAGGGGGUGUUUAGAAAUCUUAAUCUUGAUGCUAUUUUUUGUUCUAUAGCUCAGACUUCUCUCUCACUUUCAGGCAACCAUUUCUAAGGAUAAGUAGGUGUCAUUUUACCUAUAAUUCUAUUGUAAUCUAGUACAUAAGAUUUUUGGUGGUGGGUGAUGCAUAGAGGGUGGGGUAUAGGUGUGUUUCUAGUUUUACUUUCUAUUUUUGUCUGAUCAUCAUCCUGUUGUGUUGUUUUCCCUAGAUGCAUAAGAGGAUAAGGGGUAUGUGUAAUAUUUUUAGUCUGGUUUCGAGGAUUUGUGUGAAAAAAGGAAACUACCGAAACAUCCCUCAGGUGCGCCCUCAUCCCAAAUUAACUACAAGAAUCCUUUCAAUUAUUUGAUGCUUUUGCCCAUUUUUCUUUAUUAA